UUUCUUCUUCGGAGCUCUGGGCACAGUUGUGGUCGUUUGAAGAGUUCGUGAAGCAUAACGCGUGGAAGUGGGUCGGCUCAAGUUCUGCCAACAACAAGGACUAUGACGAAGUGGAUAGAAGGAGGGGUAUGGAGGGUAUUAUUGUCCAGGCGGGACUGACUUGAUCGAACCACUUUGCGGUUACAUAAUAAGCAUCACAAUAUCACUUGAAUUGAAGGAACUCUCACGGUUGCACCUAGGCCCCGCAACUUGUCCAUGAUUUGACAAGAUGCCAUGGUUAGGGGAUAAUUUCAGGCCUUAUUUUUCAUUCGUAGUUCUCGCCUUCUUUCUCACUUUCAUCUUUAUCACCGGAGUCCUCGACGAUAUCAAAGGACGUCGCGUUCUAUCCACUCAAUAUUCCUUCCCGGACUUUAGCUACUAUGCUGGAAAUUUUGUAAAGAAUAUUUCCAACAGUUUUCUUCCCAUAGAUGAUAGAGGGAAACGUAUAAUCGCAAUCGGCGACAUACAUGGCAUGAACAGCUCAUUGACGGAUCUACUCAACGAGAUACACUACGAUUCGCAAAGAGAUACACUCGUUCACCUUGGGGACCUGGGAACGAGGGCGACUGUUCGCGAGUCCAUUGACACAUUGUCUUUCAUGUCAUCCAACAGAAUCUUAGGCGUCAGAGGAAACAAUGACCAAAAAGUGAUUGAAUGGCACGCUUGGAUGGACUGGAUACUAUCUCGUCCAGGAGGUCGGGAAUGGCUCAUCACUAUGGACAAGCGAUGGCCCAACCUCGAUGGAGACAUACAAGGAGCAGAGCUUGACAACUGGAUCCAGAAAAGCAAGUACUCAGACUGGGGAAAGAUGGUACCUCGUGGAUGGAGUCCAUUGGGCAAACAUUACAGGGUCGCUCGUGCCAUGUCUCGCAAACACUUCGAUUAUCUACGUUCAUUACCCCUUGUGCUCCAUUCUCCAGCUGGCCAUAUGGUCUUCGUCCACGCGGGUCUGUUACCUUCCCACCCGAAGCUCCAGGCUUCCGACCCCAGACAGCCACUUUCUCAUUGGCCUACCGUGGAUGACCAACAUGACACUGCAAAGCUGCGUAAUCUGCAGGAGUUUGCUAUUCUCGCAGAGAUCCCCGAAAACAAAGACCCAUGGACCGUGAUGAACAUCAAAAGUGUCACGAAUAAAGGACGUGCGUCUUCAGGAUCCAAGGGAACUCCUUGGUCGCAAGUUGUGGAACGGCACGAUGUCAGAUUGUUCGGGUUUGAAUGCGGCAGACGCAUACCGGCCAACCUCACUUUCAUGUUAUCCGUUUACUGUCAUCUAUGGACAUGCUGCAAGUCGUGGGUUGGAUAUCAAGCGGUGGUCAAUUGGUUUGGACAGUGGUUGUUCGCACGGCCGCAAGUUAUCAGCUCUUGUCCUCGACGAAAGCUCCUUUUCUCCUGCUAUAUACCAAUCUGGAGACACCACUCACGCGCGAGCCCCUCAUUCGCAACAGAUUGAUUUCGGAGACAACGGACGAGCGAGCGUUGUUAGUGUAACAUGUGCAUAAUUGCCUUCCACCAUCAGUUUAUUUCCUAUAAUUAUGUAAACACGAACUAGAAUCCAAAUAUAGCAAAAUCGCAUUAUGUAAUACUUCUCUACUUAUCCUUAUCUUCAUUUCCCCUCAGGUCCAG